UCGAGAGCGGUAUUAAAGAUCACUUCACAUACAAUUUAAUGAGCAACUCAUUAAAAGAAUUUCUAACCCGAAGAUGUUUGUUACUUUGCUGCGCUCAUUACGUUUUAUUGAUACCUCUUGACUCUCUAUGGCGGCGAGAAUUUGAAGGGUCAUCGCAAAGAAUUAAAUUAGCUGCGAGACUAGCACAGUAUAGCUAAAGGAAUAGCUUAAAGUCUCAAAAUAUAUAUUUUUUCUUUCUUGACACAGUUUUUUUUUUUUAGAUGCUGAAGCACUUGCUUCCAUUGCUCAGCUUAGAGGAAGUGAACGCUGACAAGAUAACGGUAUAAAAGCAUGCGCAAGGUCGACGCAGUGAUGCAUUAACAGAAUGGCUACACGAAAACUAACUACAGCAACACUAUUCUACGGCUUGUUUUGUGUUGCGCACGCAGCCGCUUUGGAGCCUACGUUGGUUAAUGGCACCACCACAAGCGCGCCUGCGACAGUGAGUGUCAACACGAGCACAACAGCCACCACAACUACAACUACAACACCAAUCAAUACUUUGGACACCACAAUUGUAACACCAAACGAAACUGAGCUCGAACUCGAAGUGCUCGACGAGCCUAUGGCGCGUCAGGCUGUUGAAGAGGGACGCGCUGUCACACCGAUUGGCACCAAAGAUUUAGAUGGACGUAGCGCCUACAUAAACAAUCAAUAUGUGGCCGAUGAAUCACCGUUAUCCUACAAUGAUACCUCGCCACCGCUCUAUCAAUUUCUGCAAGAACAAAUGGAGCACAUACUCGCUUCGAGUUUGCCCGGUGAAUAUCGUCUGGAGAAUAAGGAGAGUGUCUCAAGCAAUGCGGUUGGCAAGGAGAUGACCGUUAAUGGUUAUGGUAUGCCAGCGUUACAAAAUGCUGUCAGCAGUCCGGUAUUCGCUUAUGGCAGCACUAAUUUUCAGGAAGAAGAUGAUGAUAUGGUGGGCGCGUAUGGUAAGGGUCCUGAAGAUAAGUACUAUCAAGGUACAGCGCCUACCAAACCGAGCACACUGGAGUUACCGAAACCAAUGAAAGUACAUAGCGUUAACACGCGUCCCAAAUUGACACACACAGCGACAACAACAACAACAACCACCACAACCACAGAGGCACCGAAAGCGCCCAGCUUAGGUGGCUAUGGUGGCAGUCAGUUGUCAUUGGCCGCGGCACAGCAGUACAAACCACAAGUCUCCAACAAUAAUAAUAACAACAACAACAACAACAACAAUGGUUAUGGCACACAACAUCUGUCCAGCUAUAAGCCCCAAAUAAAGGAAGAGUACUACACACCCAACCCGAGCAAGUACACUUAUGUGCGCCAAAAUAGCACCGUACACAUGCGCAAGCGGCGCAUCACAUUCAAGACGGUGGCGUCUGCCUCGCAGAUUAUCUCCACACCACUGGCAGAUUUGAUGUUCAAAUAUUCGAUUGGUGUGGCCAAGCCCUCGAUGGCGGCCGGUGGCAAUUCUCUGUACGAGCAGGAUGAUCAACCCAUACGUAAUACCAUAUCCAGUGGCUACAAUGAUAAUCUGGAUCUGCCUAAGCAUUCGUACGGCGGUAAAAUUUCGCACAGCAGUCACAGAAAGAAUUAGGCGUGCUAGCUUAGAGAUAUUCUUACAUAUAUUAUUUAUUGCAUAAAAUAAAAAUCGAGACUAUAAAUUGAA